CUUUGAAUGUUGAUGACAGACUUGGAGCAUUACCUAAUAAGGUGGGACCACUUGGUAUCAUGGUGUGCUAUAUAUUCCUGCUCCCACCUGCAAUCUUCCUCUCCCACACAGAGAGCUAGCAGGCUGCACUGGAGCGGUGCCUCUGUCUGCCAUGAAGAGAACAGGGGUUUUCGUGAAGGCUGCUCUAGCCCUUUGCUGCUGCUUAGGCAUUGCCUUCGGAGUUGAGGUUGAUUGCAGCCAGUAUUCUAGUGGAAUUGGGAAGGAUGGCACAGGCUGGGUAGCUUGCCCAAGGGACUUGAAGCCAGUCUGCGGCACUGACGGCACCACGUACAGCAACGAGUGUGGGAUCUGCCUCCACAACACGGAACACAGUGACAGUGUGGAGAAGGCGCAUGAUGGAGAAUGCGAGUCGAAAUCUAUUAUGAUUGAUUGCAGUAGGUACCGAAGAACUGUAAUAGACGGUCAUGUCAUGGUAGCAUGCCCAAGGAUACUGAAACCAGUCUGUGGCUCAGAUAGCUUCACUUAUGACAACGAAUGUGGGAUCUGUGCCUAUAAUGCAGAACAUGACACCAACAUUAGCAAAAUAUAUGAUGGAGAAUGCAAGCAGGAUAUUGGCACUAUUGACUGCGAUAAGUACCCAACAAGAAACACUGAAGAUGGCAAAGUAUUAGUAUCUUGUCCAAGGAUCCUGAGUCCAGUUUGCGGCACAGAUGGUAUUACAUACGAUAAUGAAUGUGGGAUCUGCGCCCACAAUGGAGAACACAGGACCCAUGUUAGCAAAAAGCAUAAUGGAAAAUGCAGACAGGAGACUUCCGAGAUCGAUUGCAGUCAAUACCCAUCAAGAAUGAUUAAGGCUGAUAAAGCCCAGAUACGCUGUCCAAGGAUCCUGCUCCCAGUCUGCGGCACAGAUGGAUUUACUUAUGACAACGAAUGUGGCAUCUGUGCCCAUAACCUAGAACAUGGGACUCACGUUAAGAAAAGCCACGAGGGAAGAUGCAAGGAGGAAAGUACUCCUGUUGACUGCAGCACAUACCUGACCAAUACUAAAACUGGCGAAGCCAUCGCAGCCUGCCCCUUCAUCCUGCACGAGAUCUGUGGGACAGACAGUGUCACCUACAGCAAUGACUGUGUGCUGUGUGCCCAUAAUAUCGAAUUUGGAACCAAUGUUGCCAAGAAGCAUGAUGGAAGGUGCGCAGAGGAAGUUCCCCAACUUGACUGCAGCCAGUACCCAACUACCACGCUGAAGGAUGGCAGACAGCUGAUGGCCUGCACGAUGAUCUACGAUCCCAUCUGUGGUACCGACGGUGUCACUUACGCCAGUGAGUGUACGCUGUGUGCCCACAACCUGGACCAUCAGACCAAUCUUGGCAAAAGAAAGAACGGACGCUGUGAAGAGGAUAUUACAAAAGAGUAUUGCAAGAGCUUCCAAGAAGUCUCUUCUAUCUGCACCAUGGAAUAUUUGCCCCACUGCGGCUCUGAUGGCAAAACAUAUGGCAACAGAUGUGUUUUCUGCAAUGCCUACCUGAAAAGCAAUAGGACUCUCAACCUCAUGAGUAUGACUGAAUGCUAAGUCUGUGCUGGAGUCCAGCCCAGGAAAACAAGCUCCCUUGUAUGUGACUUCCCAUGGGCUGAUCUUCCCCAGCAACUUUCCUUCAGUUUGUCUCAUUUCCUUAGGUCCUGAAACACUUGCUCAAUAAACUCACUUGGCAACAUG